AGUCCUGGUAUUGAGCUGUUGCUGCCUCUUCUUCCGGUAGGGGGUAGCCUAUUGAACAAACAGGACCCGUCUCCGAGUCUGGCCCGUUUGGGACUCAGAGCAGCAAAGACCCAUCCCCCGAUGCUACUGCUGCAUCUCCAUCUGAUCUAGGCGCCGCACCUGCCGCCAACGUUAUCAAUUGCGUAUCAUGGAAAUACAGCAAGGACGCACUUUUGCCUAGACCGAACAUCAGAGUCUAGGUAGGCUGUGGAUAGCGGUAGAUGAAUGGAUGAAUGAAUGGACGAGCGGGCUAUUGUUACUGCAACCUGCCAGUGCAUUUGGAAGAACCAUAGAUGAUAAGACAUUAAUGACAGGGGCCAAAAUGAGCAACGACUAUGAGGCAUCAGUCACCCCCAGCUGGCUGACCUCUGACCCCACUGUCUGGUCCAGCAGCAGAGACGGAUUCACAGACAACGCCACUUACCCACCUAUGGACUCCUUCCCCCCGCUGCCCCCUCUCCUGGUCAAUCCCUGGGACAUCUUGCUGUGCUCCUCAGGGACCCUCAUCGCCUGUGAAAACGCCCUGGUGGUACUGGUGAUCUGGCAGAACCCGGCUCUGCGUGCCCCCAUGUUCCUGCUGAUCGGCAGCCUGGCCCUGGCUGACCUCCUGGCUGGUCUGGGCCUGGUGCUCCACUUCACCUUGGCCUACCUGCUGAGGUCUGACUUGGCCCAGCUGCUGACUGUGGGUCUGGUGGUGGCCUCCUUCUCAGCCUCCGUCUURAGCCUGCUGGCCAUCACCAUAGACCGUUACCUGUCACUCUACUACGCUCUGACCUACAACUCAGAGCGCACUGCCGCCUUCACCUACACCAUGCUGGUCCUCCUCUGGGGCCUGUCUCUCUGUCUGGGCCUACUUCCCGUCACAGGGGUGAACUGCCUGGCAGAGGAGUCGACGUGCAGCGUGGUGCGGCCCCUGACUAAGAACAACGUGGCGGUGCUGUCCGUAUCCUUCCUCCUGCUGUUCGGCCUCAUGCUGCAGCUGUACGUGCAGAUCUGUAAGAUCGUCAUGCACCACGCCCACCAGAUCGCCUUGCAGCAUCACUUCCUGUCCGCCUCGCCCCACUACGUCACAACCAGGAAUGGCGUGUCCACGCUGGCCAUCAUCCUGGGGACGUUUGCCGCCUGCUGGAUGCCCUUCACCGUCUACUCCCUCGUCGCCGACUACACGUACCCGCCUCUCUACACCUACGCCACCCUGGUGCCCGCCACCUACAACUCAGUCAUCAACCCAGUGAUCUACGCCUUCAGGAACCAGGACAUCCAGAAGGCUCUGUGGCUGGUGUGUUGUGGCUGUAUACCGGCCAGGGUGGCCCACAGGGCCCGGACCCCCAGCCACGUCUGACCCAGACCCAGGCCCCGGGAGGGAAGGAGAGAGGUGCCCUGGGCAGAGGGAGGAAGGCAGACAGGCAGCCUGGGCUCAGGCAGAUGGCUGGAAAGGACGGUCUGUGUGCAUAGUAAUUUUAGCCGCUUUUACUGAUAUGGGUUUUUUUGCUCAAAAGGAUUGAGAGAUUAUUAUUAGAUUAUUAAAGAUUGUGCCACUUUACGCACAUCAAAUAAAGGGCUUGUGUGUGUGCAUAAAAAAGAUAGGAUGUCGCACGGACAGAGAAGGAGGAAGAGAGGAGGAGAAGUGGAGUGAGUGAUGACAGAGGGGGGGGCGAUUAUCAAGAUGCAUACAAGAUGAAGUCGGGCUGAGGGCUCAAGCAUCUUGUCUCGCUGCUGCACUCUGAACAUACCUUGAAAGCUAAAUAACCACGGGAGGCUAAAAAUAGCCCGGGUGCUCUGUGAUCCGCGCCGGUGCGUCCGACACAGACUCCAUGCAAAGAAACCAAGCCGCGGAGGCGGAGAGCGGGCGCCUAUCUUCCCCUUCCUCCCMCCUUCCAUCCACUUUUCUUUCGCUUCAUCUCUCCCUAUUUGGCUUUAAAGCCCCCACCCUUGAGCGUGUGAGAAUGUAGGCUAUUAUGAUGUUCUGCUUUUACAUUCUGAGAGGUGACAACAGCCUCGGGAAGGAAAGUCCCCUGAUACCUGUAGCACGCACCAUUAACCCUCCAAAUGCCUUCAUUUUAUGCUAAGGCUUUGAUAGUUUUGAUAUCUGUUUUAUCCCUCCACUUCUUCUACAUAAACAGAUCAACUAAUCAUACCUAAUUCAUUGGGCAUUGCAGGCACAUUGGGUAGGCAGGCUGACUGUUCUUGAAUGUAGCGUGUGAAAUGUUCCCUCUGUGAAUCGAGUUGGUUGUUCAAGCUACUCAGUUUGCAGUUAGACCAGCUGGGUGUUGUUGCAACUGAAUGUAUUUUUUAUAUUCAUUUGAUCUCUUAGCCUGUCCAUUAGGUUAUGAAAACGCCUGAUCCUCACCCCAACCUUCAACCUAACCUUCAACCUGUUGCAUAGGACUUUAAUGUAAACCGUUUCCCCUAAUAGCCAGGCCUAGACCUGUUGGCUAAACCAUCACUAUCACUCAGCGCUUCCCCUCUCCCCACCUGUUAUAAUAAAAUCAGUCAGUCACACUCAGGCCUAAUACUUUGGCAUUAUCCUAAUAUAUGGUUUGUGAAUUUAAAAAGCACUGUAAAAUAUAAAUUAGCAAUCAUAUUGGUUUUCCUUUUUCAUGAAAAUGGCAUCAUCAGCAGUCCACCUUCAAUAGUCUUCUAAUUGCUACUCUGUACCUCAACCUGUUGCGAAAAAAAACUACUUGAAUGCAAUAAGCUAUGAAUGCUGAGCCAAUCAGAAAAAUGUAUGAUCAUGGAAAUUCAUAAUAUACAUAUAGAAUAUAGACCCCUAAKCCCCCCCCUCUCUUUCCCUAUACCACAUCUAUGACUGGCCAUAUCCAGAUGACCAAUAUCCUAAGUGACAGACCCUGGCACAAUGUCUGGUUCAGAUCUUUGGAUAGCAAGAAAGGAGAGAGCAGUGACACAUCUUGUUGUUCCAGCUUUGGAUGUCUCCUGCCUCCUGGAACCACUUCCUUACCCUGGCUGACAAAUGCCCACCACCCCCUGACCCUAGCCAGUGUAAGGACGUCACGCUGCUUGCCAAUUCCUCCUGAUUUGCUCACACCGAGUCACGAUCAAACCCAGGACUUCCAUUUUGCUAGCACACGUGAUCGCCCUCCUUGACAAUGUACCAACCAUUUGAGCUAUCGAAAAAUAUGUAAGGCAGUAGCUCCAUCGGUGAUAUUUCACUAGCUGUGGAGUGAGUUUACCGUACACGUUCUUAAGCGCUUCCAGAUCCUCAGUCUACCCCGUCAUAUCAGUGUGCAGCAGUAACUAAGUGUUAGUUACUUCAUGGACCGAUAGAAAUACUCUGUCAGCAAUAACAGCCUCUCCCCAGUAACAUGACCACCUCCAGCAUGAUGAUAUACYACGACCACAACCAACAGCCCUUCUGCGAUGCCUAGCAAAGUCCUUAUACACCAGGCCCAAACAAGGACUCAACUGCCUAAGACUUGUGCUGUAUGUGAUUUCUCCAAAUGGGAAAUCAGAUCUUGACUUAUGUGUUUUGUUUUUGAAAAUGUGAAGGGGACAGGAUACUGACUGCCACCGCCCAGUAUUCUGUCAUUAGUCAUUACAAUGUCACUGCCUUUUUUUAUUCUGAAUCUACUGCUCUAUUCUCUGGCUAUGGUCUUCUUCAAUAUCUUACAAUGAAUGAAAUUGGACUCGGUAAGAAAAUAUCUUACAAGUUUUCAGUUGCAUCUGCCUUUGUAAACCUAUGAAGUGUUUUUGAGUGUUGUAAACCUAAGCGUCUGUCAAUAAGGAAAAUGUUUCUGUGCAUUUGAGUGUGUGUGUUUGUGUGUGUGUGUGUGUGA